AUAAGGUCGUCAUCCAGAACUCCAGGGGUCGCUGACGGUUUCUUCCACUGGCGCGUUAUGUGGAAAUGAAUGAGCAGUACUUCCUGUCUUUGCAUUUGCUUGUUGGGGUGUUUUAUUUUUGUUCCCGUCCGGUUUUCACAAAAUGGCUGAAGAAGAGGAUGAUCCUGGUUUUGAUGAGGAUUUAGACGACGGAGGUAACGGGGUAGACUCGGGUCAAGGUAAAAGAAAGCGGCUUUUUUCCAAGGAGCUUCGCUGCAUGAUGUAUGGGUUUGGAGACGACCAAAAUCCCUACACCGAAUCAGUGGAUAUACUGGAGGAUCUGGUGAUCGAGUUCAUCACGGAGAUGACACACAAGGCGAUGUCCAUAGGGCGCCAGGGUCGCGUGCAGGUGGAGGACAUUGUCUUUCUAAUCCGCAAGGACCCUAGAAAGUUUGCGAGAGUGAAGGACCUGCUCACUAUGAACGAGGAGCUGAAGAAGGCUCGCAAGGCCUUUGACGAGGCAAAUUAUGGGUCUUGAAAUAGGCCUGCGGUUGCUAUGUUGUUCAUGAAAAGGGUCAUUUUAUUUUCGCCUAUAAUGGAAUUUUACCUGUUGUGAACCCUAGUCCACUUUUCUUACAGCCUUGUUUAUUCAGUUGCUGGACAGUUCACACUUCAUGAGUGUUCAUUGUGUGUGUGUUUAAGAUUUUGUACAAUAAAGAAAGAU